AUGAACUCCAACACCCACAUUUUAUAUUCCUUAAUUCUCCUAUCUCUUUCCUUCGAUCCUGUCCUCGUUGUCGCGAAAAACUCUGAAUUGAAUUCCCAACACUCAUAUGUCCUGUCCUGCGGCGGAUCCAUAGAAAGCACCGAUACGAAUGGCCGGGAAUGGGCACCCGAUUCGAAGCUCGUACCGCCUUCCGGUGAUUCGAUACCCGCCACGGCCUUACACCAAGACCCUUCUCUGCCUUCCCAAGUCCCUUACAUGACUGCAAGAAUUUUCACCUCUGAAUCCGCAUACAACUUCUCUGCUCUCCCCAACAAACGCCUCUGGAUCAGGCUUCAUUUCUACCCUUCUUCCUACGGCAACCUCGACCCCACCGAUGCCUACUUCUCGGUUACCGCCAACGGCCUAUCCCUUCUCAACAACUUCAGCGUCUCCAUCGCAGCCGAAGCCCACACGCAGGCAUACAUGAUCAAAGAAUACUCUGUUUCCCCUGUUUCGAAUGGUGAACUCUGUAUCAAAUUCAACCCUGUUUCACAUCGCAAUGGCUCGUAUGCUUUCGUCAACGGCAUUGAGGUAAUCCCGAUGCCGGAUAUCUUUGAUCCGGAGAAUUUAGUCGAUGGUGUUGAUAUUCGAAGCUCUUCAGUUCAGACCAUGUUUAGGCUCAAUGUUGGUGGACAGUACAUUCCAACGACCAGUGACUCUGGCUUGAGCAGAACAUGGUAUGACGAUUCGCCAUAUUUGUUCGGAGCAGGCUUCGGAGUGAGUUUGGAAGCCGGAAAGAAUCUAACCGUUGAUUUUCCUCCCAAUGUGCCGGAGUAUAUUGCUCCGCGGAGUGUGUACAGAACGGCUAGAACAAUGGGAAAGGGCUCAAGCAUCAACCGGAAAUAUAACCUCACUUGGGUUUUCAAGGUUGAUGCUAACUUCACAUACAUUGUUAGGCUCCAUUUCUGUGAGCUUCAAUUCAGCAAGGUCAAUGAGAGAGUGUUUGACAUUUUUCUCAACAAUAGAACAGCUCAACAAUCUGCGGAUGUGAUCGCAUGGGCGGGGUCAGCAGGAGUGCCGAUGUACAAGGAUUUCGCCACUUAUGUAGGCGAUGUCAAUGGUGAUGAUGAGUUAUGGGUGGCGAUGCACCCAUCUACCUUGACAAAACCUGAAUAUUUCGAUGCAAUCCUCAAUGGAUUGGAGAUUUUCAAGGUGAAUGACACAAGAGGGAACUUGGCAGGCCUUAAUCCUGUGCCAUCAAAGAUGCGCCUCAACGAUGAGGCAGAGGCAGAGGAGGCUGCAGCCAUGCCUUCUUCGCUAUCUGGGCUUGGUUAUGAUGCUGUUCGAGGGAUUGCAGGUGGUGUGGCGGGUUUUGUUGUGGUGGCGGGUGUGUGCAUUGUUGUUCUUUACCAAAACAAGAGGAAAGAAAAGGGCAAUGUAGACGUUUUUGGGCCUGCGAAUUGGUUGCCAACCUAUGGCAGCUCCUGCACAUCAACUGUGUCUGGUAGAAGCACUAGUAGAGACAGCAGCCACCUCUCGAAUAUCGCGAGUCUUUGCAGGCAUUUUUCGCUCCCCGAGAUUAGGCAUGGCUGCAACAACUUUGAUGAGUCACAGGUUGUUGGGGUUGGAGGAUUUGGCAAGGUCUAUAGAGGGACUAUUGAUGGAGUUAUCAGAGUUGCUAUAAAGAGAUCAAACCCUUCUUCAGAACAGGGUGUUCAUGAAUUCCAAACCGAAAUCGAGUUGCUUUCUAAGCUUAGGCACAAGCAUUUAGUCUCCUUAAUUGGGUGUUGUGUGGAAGGUGGUGAAAUGAUACUUGUCUAUGAUUACAUGGCUAAUGGAACACUAAGAGAACACCUUUACAAGAGCACAAAACCUCCAUUGUCAUGGCAAAAAAGAUUGGAAAUAUGCAUUGGAGCUGCAAGAGGAUUGCACUAUCUUCACACUGGUGUGAACUACACCAUAAUUCAUAGAGAUGUGAAGACCACAAACAUUUUGUUGGAUGAGAAUUGGGAAGCAAAGGUUUCCGAUUUCGGGCUAUCAAAACAAGGUCCUAGUGGUCUUAAUCAAGGUCAUGUUAGUACAUUGGUGAAAGGCAGCUUUGGUUACUUGGACCCUGAAUAUUUUCGCAGGCAAAAGUUGACCGAAAAAUCGGAUGUUUACUCUUUUGGGGUUGUUCUAUUUGAGGUGUUGUGUGCAAGGCCAGCUCUUGAAGCCACUUCGCCGAAGGAACAAGUGAAUCUUGCAGAUUGGGUUUUGUAUUGCCAAAAGAAGGGAAUUCUUGAGGAAAUUAUUGACCCCCAUCUUAAGGGGAUGAUUAGUCCCGAGUGUUUGAAGAAGUUCGCAGAGACAGCGGAGAAGUGUUUGUCUGAUCAUGGAGUUGAUCGUCCUUCAAUGGGUGAUGUCCUUUGGAACCUUGAGUAUGCACUUCAAUUGCAUGACAACCCUGAAGCAGCAAGAGUUUAUGAAGAAGAAAGGAAGGUGAAUAAUGACCCUUCUAUGCACUAUACCACAAUACGAAUUGAGGAGAUAAGAGAGGCUAGUGAGGAAACUGAUGUCUUAAACACCACUGCAGUUUUUUCACAGCUAGUGAAUCCAAGAGGAAGAUAA